GAAGAGACUUUAGCUUAACCACAAAUACAGCAUGAGAGGGAUCCUGUUUCUUCUCUUUGUGGCCGUGGCCACCGCUACGGUGUAUGAUCGAUGUGACUGGGCCAGGGUGCUGAAGAAUAAUAGGAUGGAUGGAUAUGCCGGCAUCAGCCUGGCAAACUGGGUGUGCCUCACAAAGUGGGAAUCGGACUACAACACUGCGGCAAUCAACCGCAAUAGCGACGGCUCCACAGACUACGGCAUUUUUCAGAUUAACAGCCGGUACUGGUGUGAGGAUGACCGAACACCGAGAAGCAAGAACGCCUGUAAAAUCCCAUGUAGUGCUCUCCUUACAAAUGAUGUCAGCGCUGCCAUCCGCUGUGCAAAGCGUGUGGUUCAGGAUCCUAAUGGCAUCAGGGCAUGGGUGGCUUGGCGUAAUCAUUGUCAGAAUCAGGACCUGAGAUCCUAUCUUGCUGGAUGUUCACUUUAACUCUCUGGAACAGAAAUUCAAUAAAACUAUUCUGUCCUA